AUUGCAAUCGAUGUCACAAAACAAUUUGUAUAUACAUUUUUGAAUGAGAAACUAAAUUUGCACUGUAAGCUUUCACCUAAAGCACAGUAAAAUUAAAAAGAAAAAAAGGCCAGAUUGGGCUGCUGGCAGAGUUGGUGUGCAGGCUAGGUCCUUGCUGCUCUCUUGAUUUAUUCCCCACUGCCUGGUGUGGGCUAGUCCUCAGAAGGGACUUCUGUGUGCCUCUGAGUGUUGCAUCUACUUUCAGAAUUUGGAUUUUGGGAAGAGUCUGGCUGAAUUAUGGAGGAAGUUGCAGUUGAAGGGUGGGUUGCUGUACGUUCUAUAAAAAAGCUCACUUUUGUGUGCUGGACUUCAGAAGGUCCUCUCGGCCCUCUCAUAACUAUCACACAGUCAAUAAAUACUCUUUCAGUUCUACAAUCCAGAGCAGGUUAUUUUUACAUCGUAUUCUACCAGAGCUGAGGGGUGACAGGUGGGGCUGGGCUGGAUUAAAUAUUAAUGCAGCCGUCUUCACUGCCCGGAGGAACAAGUGCCCCAGAGCUAAGCUACAGAGCUACCUGCUGGCUCCAGGUUGAGGAGGUGGUGGCCGGUAGACAUGGCUCAAUUUGCCCAGGUCCUAGCUGAGAUAGGCAGCUUUGGUCGCUUCCAGAUAUAGCCGCUGAUACUGCUGAGUGUCCCCAACUUGAUAGCUGCCUUCUUCAUGUUUGCCCAGGUUUUGGUGGUCCUAGACGAGGCCCACCAUUGGUCAGUGGACUGGGUCAAGAACCACACUCUCAACCUAAGUGCCACUGAACAGCUGAGCCUCAGCGUGCCUCUGGAUGCUGAUGGCAACCCCGAGUCCUGCCUCAUGUUCUGGCCGCCCCCCGACAGCACCAGCCUUGAGGACAUCCUGAGCCACUGCUUCAAUGAGACACAGCCUUGUGACGCUGGCUGGCACUAUCCUGACAACAAGCCCCUGUCCCUACUGAACGAGUUUGACCUGGUUUGUGACCGGAAGCACCUGAAGGAGACCUCGCAGUCAGUGUCCAUGGCUGGGCUGCUCGUUGGCUCUCUCAUCGUUGGGCCCAUCUGUGACUGGAUUGGCCACAAGGUCCUGGUGCAGCUGCUGCUCUUCGCCGUCAUCAGCCUGUCCACAGCCUUCAUGCCCACCUUUGAGCUCUACACAGCCCUGCACUUUGCUGUGGCCACCGCUGUCACUGGGUACACCUCCAGUAAUGUCACCCUACUUACAGAGUGGAUAGGACCCUCAUGGAGGAUCCAGGCUGUGUUCCCGGCCCGGUGUGCCUUUUCGGCUGCCGGGCAGAUGGUACUAGCAGGACUUGCCUAUGGCAUCUGCAACUGGCAGCUGUUCCAGAUUAUUGGCUCGGCGCCUGUCCUGCUACUUUUCUUCUACUUCUGGGUUCUGCCAGAAUCUGCACGGUGGCUUCUCACCUGGGGGAGGGUAGAGGAGGCCAAACAAGUGAUCCAGAAGGCAGCUUGAGUCAACAAGCAGAAACUGUCACCAGAGCUCCUGAACCAGCUGGAUCCAGAGAAGAAAGACCCCUCAGGGAAUGCCCUGGACUUGUUCCGGCACCCCCAGCUCAGGAAGGUGACCCUAAUUCUCUUCUGCAUUUGGUUUGUGGACAGUCUGGUGUAUUUUGGCAUGGGCCUCAAAGUGGGGGACUGCGUGGACAUCUACCUGACACAGCUAAUCUUUGGAGCAGUUGAGGUGCCCGCUCGCUAUUCCAGCGUCUUCAUGAUGCAGAAGUCGGGCCGCAAGUGGAGCCAGCUGGGGACUCUAGUUCUGGGUGGCCUCAUGUGUAUCAUCAUCAUCUUCAUCCCAGCAGAUCUGCCCGUGGUGGUCACUGUGCUGGCCGUAAUGGGGAAGUUUGCCACCGCUGCUGGAUUUACCAUCUCCUACAUGUCCUCUGCUGAGCUCUUCCCCACCAUCAUCCGGCAGACAGGCAUGGGGCUGGUGGCCAUCUUCUCAAGGAUUGGGGGUAUCAUCACACUACUCGUGAUCCUGCUGGAAGAAUACUAUGCGGCCCUCCCUAUGAUCAUCUAUGGCAGUCUCCCCAGUGCAGGCUUGCUGUGUGUCCUGCUACCAGAGACACGUGGCCAGACCCGGAAGGACACCGUUGAGGACCUGGAGCAGGGGUCCCAUGACGGUCCCCGAAGCCAGCGCCCUCAGAAAAAGAAACAGAUGCCACAGAAGAGCUUCCAGCCUAAGGGGGUGACUGCCGUGAGCAGCACUUCUGAUUGUAGCCAGACAUCAGCAGCAGGGGACCUGCCUAAAUAUUCCCCUGGAUAUGGCCGGGACCUGUGAGGACCCAGGGACAAGGCCAGGCUUGCUUAUGGAGGCAGGACACCAUGAACCCCACCCCCACUGCUAAGCCCAAAUCCAGAACCAUCUGGGACAGGACACCCCCUACCCCUUCACCUUUCUCAUCUCCAGAACCCCGGUCAGGCAUCCCAUCUCCAAUACCCUGGGUUAGGGUCUGGGUUGUGUCUUAGGCUUAAAUUGUUCUCUGCUAAUCUUGUAGGGGUAUGGCUCCCCUGAUCCUUUCAGUCUGGAGCCUUCCUACCCCAAGUAUGUGGGAACAGAAUGCCUUUCCAAGUAUGUGGGAACAGAAGGAGGAUACAUUUGAAGUUGUGGACUCUGUUGAGGCAGGUGGAUGAAAAGGCUGUGGAUGAAGAGAAGAUUGUGAUGUCUUCUAGUGCCUGGACAAGGCCUCUCUGGCUAAGAUGGGGCCCCACAGGACAUUUGAUACUACUGAGAGAAAACUCCACAUCCACUCCAAACCAAAGCUUCAGUCUUGCAUUCUGUUCAAAGACCCUCCACCCCCUUGGCCCCAGCUCGGCUCGUGCCUAACCUCUGUGUGGCUCAGGGACCAGCAGUGGGGAAGGAGGGAGAAGGGGUUUGUUCUAUUCCUUGCUCACUGCCCUCCCUCAAGCUCUGCUGCUUCUGGCUCCCCAAGGGCCCACACAAAACAAGGGAAAAGGACAGAGGUCUUCACUUAGCUGCUGCUGUUGGUAGCUCUUUCCAGGUUUAUACUGCAGAUCAUCAGUCCAUUAUGGCAGGUUUCCAAAAGCUGGCUUUUCCACGGGGGCAUGCUUGUGGGUUUUCAGAGAUCUUCUCAAGACCUCUGUGUUUUUUUAAAUAUAAGCAGUGUACUCACGGCAGAACUCUUGGGACCCCUCUUCAGCUUCUGCCCCCAACAUUGCUCCCCAUAUAGUCUCUCCUACUGCUGGCAUUCCCUUACCUUAGAAGACAGCCUGUGGGGUGAGGUCCCAUCAAGCUACCAGAAGCCUACAAGAACACCAUAAGUCUUUGCCCCACCCAAUAGUGGAAAAAGCUUACCAACCACUGCUCCCACUCUUUGCCCUGUCCUCAAUGGCAUCUCCAGCCAACCUCCCACCAGGAAGUGAGAUUCCAGUCUCCCCUUCUCACAGGUACCCCUACUCCCUCCCUUGUGCUCACCUUCUCUUAUGCAGCCUGGAAGGGGUGGUGGGUUCUGGACCUGUUUUGCUGUCUUUGUAAAUCCAGCAUAGGAUGCAUCCAGCACGUUGCUUUCAAAUGCGUAUUAUCCAUGGUUCUCAGUUUUAGAGUGAUGGGCAAAUGUUUUUAGUUAGCUUCCAGCUGCAUACUCUUUCACAGACUCCCAAGCUAAACUCUCCCCUGGGGACUCUUGAAAGUCUUUGUUGGCACAGUGUAGCACCCAGGCACUAGAAGGAACCGCAGUUGGAUUUGGGGGCCAUGCUAGCAGUGGACUCAUUACUCAGUGUUUAUGGUUAGUUUUGUGGAGGCUAAUGCAGGACUCAGAUUGUAGGCCUUGGGGCAGGAGCUGUACCUCCUCUGGGCCUCAGCCUCCGCAUUUUAGGAUAAAUGAUUUCAUAGGUCCCGAUAGCACCAGUUGUUGGGGAGUCUAGUACUGGGUGCCCUAACCGGCUGUGAAAGGCAAAGACGUCCAGCAGUCUGCCCCCGAAGGUCCUAACACCCCCUGUCUUAGUUUUCUAGUGCUGCAAUAACAGAAACACCACAAGUGGAUGGCUUUAACAAACAGAAGUUUAUU